AUGACCGAGGUGGAGCCUGUGCUGGACUUCGCAUCCUCCGGGAGGACGGGCCGGCGCAAUGCCCUGCCCGACAUCCUGGGCUCGCCCGCCGGCGUCAGCCCCGCUGACCUGCCCCUCAAACUGGCUGAGAUGUCCCUGAGUGCAGGCAGCCCCCAGGAGAUGCAGUCGCCCUCGGCGGAGGUGCCCCCUCCGCAGCCGCCCAGCCCCGAGCUGAAGGACACGUCCUAACCCCGCCCCGGGGGGACUUUGCUGACCAGCGGAGGGAGGAGGGGGCUGCGGGGCACCAGCCCAGCUUUCCUGGCACGGCCGGAGUCCGCUGGGAUUCCCUCGGUGCUGCCGCAGCCCAGACCCUGGAGUGCCACCCCCGCCACGGGGGAGCGGCGGGCGCGGUGGGGACGCGGUGGGGACCUGCCGUGACAACGGGGCGAUUCCCACCCACGCCCUGGGCCAGGACUCGGAGGGGGGAAUUUUUUUUGCCUCUCCAGGGGGAGGAAUAUUUUUCUUCUGGGGCAUUUGGCGGAGCCGAGCGCGGAGGGGUCCCCGGGGGGGCCCUCCCGGCCGCAGGAGCAGCCACGGUGUUU